AUGGCCCAAAUCCGUGGCACUGCGGGCUACAACCUCGGCCACCAGAACCCUUUCGGUGGGCCUGGCAGCGCAGAUGCCACCAGCGAUCCUAGCCCGCUCGAUGCGAUUCGCGAGCAGACCAGCAAGAUCGAGGACUGGCUCGACACCAUGGCCGACCCCGUCAAGCCGUAUCUUCCCGCGAUCGGCCGCUUUCUCAUCGUCGUGACCUUCAUUGAGGACUCACUGCGCAUUCUCACACAAUGGAGCGACCAGCUCCUCUACCUGCAUGAUUUCCGGGGCAUUCCCUGGGGAAUCACACACCUUUUCCUCAUUGUCAAUGUCAUCGCCAUGUCCGUCUGCUCCACCCUCGUCAUCGCUCGCAAGCGCACCGAGUACGCUGUCGCCGGAUUACUAGCCGUGGUCGUCACCCAGGGUCUCGGAUACGGCCUCAUCUUCGACCUGAACUUCUUCCUUCGCAAUCUGAGUGUCGUCGGCGGUCUUCUUAUGGUCAUAUCCGACUCCUGGGUUCGCAAGAAGUUUGUUCCGGCCGGUCUGCCCCAGCUUGACGAGAAGGACCGUAAGAUGUAUGUGCAGUUCGCCGGGCGCGUCCUGCUCAUCUUCCUCUUCAUUGGUUUCGUCUUCGCUGGCGCGUGGAGCUUCUGGCGUGUCCUUGUUAGUCUGUUUGGUCUUGUCGCUUGCGUGAUGGUCGUUGUUGGCUUCAAGGCUAAGUGGAGUGCUAUUAUCUUGGUGGUUCUGCUGAGUGUCUUCAAUAUUCUGGUUAACAACUUCUGGACGCUUCACCCUCACCACCCCCACAAGGACUUCGCCAAGUACGACUUCUUCCAGAUUCUGUCGAUUGUUGGUGGUCUGCUCCUCCUAGUCAACAUGGGUCCUGGUCAACUGAGCAUGGACGAGAAGAAGAAGGUCUACUAG